AUGAAUUCCGUACCUAUUGCGUUAAAUAAAGCAGCAAUGCGAAAAUAUGAAGAUCUGGAAGUGCCCUGUAACGCAGUGCUAGGUACCUACGUGUGGGUAGACGGAACUGGUAUCAAUUUACGUUCAAAAGACAGAACUUUCGAUUUCAUUCCCAAAACACAUAAAGAUUUACCUAUAUGGUACUUUGAUGGCAGUAACACUGGUCAAGCCACUUUCGACAACUCUGACACGUUCAUCUUCCCGGAAGUAAUUUACCAUGAUCCUUUUCGAAGAGGAAACCACAUACUGGUAUUGGCAGAUACCUACAAAUACAACUAUCAGCCAACCGAUAGUAAUUACCGCAAAGAAUGUACGAUGCUCUGUGAAAAGGCUUUAGUUGAGGAGCCGUGGUUUGGAUUCAAUCAAGAGUUUUUCCUCACUACAACCGAUGCGAGACCCCUGGGCUGGCCGCCGGGAGGGUUUCCCGCCCCCCCUGGCCCAUACUACUGCGCUAUAGGCGCCGAUAAAAUCGUCGCACGGGACCUUAUGGAGGCUUUCUAUAGAUGUUGCCUCUUCGCAGGCGUCCAGAUCAAUGGAAUUAACCCGGGGACCACUCCAUCUCAGUGGAAUUUCCAGGUUGGACCAAGUCCUGGUAUAAAAGCGUCGGACGACUUGUGGAUGGCUCGCUACAUCCUGAGCAGGCUGGCGGAGGAGUAUGGAACUGUGGCCUCGUUCGAACCCCAGCCCGUCGCCGACUGGCCCGGCAACGGGACCUUUGUCUAUUUCUCGUCAAAGGACAUGAGAGAGGAAGAUGGAAUUUUGGUGAUAGAGAGGGCGAUCGACAAGCUGGCGCGCCGCCACGGGGCGCACAUCGACGAGUACGACGCUAACAGCGGCGCGGACAACGCUCGCCGGCUCACGGGCAAACACAACAUGCCUCGCAUCCGGGACUUUACUGCAGGUGUGGCUAACCGGAGCUGUGCAGUGAGGAUCCCGCGACAAGUGUCUGAAGACAAACACGGUUACCUUGAGGAUCGUCGCCCAGCUUCCAACGCUGACCCAUACCGCAUCGUCUCGAUCAUGCUUAGAACCUGUAUAUUUGAUGAAUAGAAACAAAAUUAUGUCUGUUUUUUUUUUUAUAUUAUGAUUGUUGAUUUUGUUGUGGUUGUAUAAAAUUUAUUGUUUAAAAAAGUUUUUUUUUUUUUAAUCUUAAGGUUAAAAUUACCAACAGAAUAAGAUCCAGUUUUUUUUUUAUUCUCUACAAGUUAGCCCUUGACUACAAUCUCACCUGAUGGUAAGUGAUGAUGCAAUCUAAGAUGGAAGCGGGCUAACUUGUUAGGGAGUAGGAUGAAAUCCACUCUCCUUUCUGUCUACACGACAUCGUACCGGAACGCUAAAUCGCUUGGCGGUACGUCUUUGUCGGUAGGGUGGUAACUAUCCACGGCCGAAGCCUCUCACCGGCCAGACCUGGACCAAUUAAGAAAACCUCAAUCGGCCCAGCUGGGGAUCGAACCCAGGACCUCCGUCUUGUAAAUCCACCGCGCAUACCACUGCG